ACGCAGAAUACAAAAAGGCCUUGGAGAGCGGCGAGGCCAGUAGUUUAGGUCGGUUCAGCGCAAACCAGAACCGUACGGCACGGCAGCGGCAGUCGUUUUUGGACGGAUAGCGCCAGAUCUGGCAGGCAGAGCAGCGAGCUGCUACAGAGAAGGCGGGGGGGGUGCACUGCUAGCGAUCCUGCCAGAAACACCUGUGGUUUUAAGGAAUGGAUGGUGCAGGCGAAUCGGUCUAGGACCGACCACGGACGAUUGGCUCAGUGCAGCAGGAUGCAGCAGGCGUGCAGCAAUCGUACGGUGUUUGUGUAAAGGCCGGCGCACGGCUGAAUGCUGUGUCGCGGCGCGUGCCAGCUGUGCCGUGGCAAAACGGGAAUCAGUGUGCGUGUGCGUGUGUUGUGCGCGCGGCAUAUAAUCAGCACAAAGUGGAGUGGCACCAGUAGCAGCAGCAGCAGCAGCCGCAGCAGUAUCCUCGGUAGUGCAAGGCGCCGCGGACCAAGCUGCACCCAAGGCAGCAACCCGGAACGAAUCUCAGGACUUCAAUCAAUCAAGCGAACCCGCCCCCCGGGGUGGAGGAGGGUGUGCGGCCCGUUCAUCGUCGGAGCGUACGUGUGUGACCAUCACAAACACACACACACACACACACACGCACGCACGCACGUACAUAUACACUUAUACAUACAGUCAUACGCGCGGCUCGGCCCACCUUUGGGGCGCACUAUCCUUUCCGAGCCGGCGGGCCCCACGAAGGAACUGCUGCGCCGCAUGCCGGAGGUGUACUGAAGGGGGGGGCGAGCCGUGCCUAAGAUGCUCGCCCGCACCUUGCCACAGCAAGGAACUCUUUCAGUAGCGUCACCGCGUCAGAAGGCUCCCAGCCCGGUGCAGUGGUGCGUAGUGCGGCGAUGGGAAGAGAGCCGUACCGCUGGGGCACAUCGUAGCCUCGUCGUGACCGGUUGCCUCUGGAGCGCGGAGGAACCACCAGCCAGCAGCAGCAGCAGCGGCGGCGGCAGCAGUGUAGCAGUUGUAGUAGCAGCAGCAGCAGCAGCAAACGUAGCAGUAGUAGUAGUAGUAGCGGUGGUAGUGGUAGUAGUAGUGGUAGUGCAGCAUCAGCCGCGGUCCAACGAUGCAUCGCCUGCGCAACACCUUCACUAGGUCCCGGACGCCCACGGGUGCGGAGAUGAAAACCCAAAGCUCGCUGGAGGUGCCGAAGCAGGUACGCUCUGCCUCGUUCGAUGAGAUACAGCUCGAGGCGCAGCGGGCGAGCGGCCAGCAGCGAUCCCUGUCGGUGGCGGGUGCGGGCUCAUCCACGGCCGACGACGGGGGCUCGGGGGGCAUGCCGGGCGUCGGCAGCCUGCUGCUGCAGGUGCCGCAGACGGCGCCCGGCCAGCGGUCGCGCAGCUUCGACCUGGCCGGGUCGGCCUCGGACGAGGGAAGCGCGGUGGCGGCCGCCUUCCUCGACGUGCCGAAGCGCUUCCAGCGCCGCAAGUCCAGCUCGAAGACGCCCCCGCCGUGCAUCCACUGCCUGUACCUGGAAGAGUACCGGCGGCUGAUCGGGGUGGAGCAGCGGCUCUACUACGACAGCGAGGAGUACCAGGCGUACGUCGACUACACCUCCAGCUCCUGCUCCUCCGGGGACGACGACGACGAUGGUGACGACGAGGCGGACGAGGCGGGUGGCGAGGAGGACGGCACUGAUGUUGACGCUGCCGGGACUGUGUUGCGGGUCAGCGGAACGCACGAGGAGGAUGAGGAGCAAGUGGAAGAGGGGGCGGGCACGAGCGUGAACCGAGUGGCGGCGGUCGGGCUCGCCGGUCCCAGCGGCGGACCGGAAGAAACGAGAACACACUUUACCGAUGGCUACUACGACUACGACUACUACUACGACGACGACGAGGACGAGGAGGAGGACGAAACGGAAGAGGCGGAACCGGACGAGGACAAUGAGCAGCAUUGCACCACCACCACCACCAUCGCCGCCAUCGCCACUACUAAGGUGGAGCAGAAAAAGGAGGCGGAGCUCACGUUCGGGCUGGAGGCGCCCGCCUACGACUACGCCUCCCUGUUUCAGCGCGUCUCCCCCCGGCGCCGACCACGCGUCGACGGAGAAGGCAGCACGCUGCUGUCACCGCCGGCGACCGUUGCUUCGCCGUGCCGCAUCACGCUCACCCUUUCCCCGACCAAACCGGACGAAGAGGAAGACCAGGAGCAGCAGGAGCAGCAGCAGCAAUCACAGCAAACAGAGCUUCGCACGGCAGAGAUCGCACUGAUGCUGCCCGUAGACGGUGCUAGUAGCGAGCUGGGCGCGGUAGGGGAAGUGCACGACCCACGGCCCCCCCUGCCGGUGACGGUCGAGCCGGCGGAGGAUGGCGUGGAGCCGCCCGCACCGAGCCGCACCCGCCGCCGGUCCAUCUCACGCCAGGAAGCGAUCAUCGUCGAGCCGACGGGCAGCUCGCUCGAGAACGUCUCGAACGCGUCCGAAAGCCGGCCGACCACGCCGCCCCGCCCCGUACCCGACAUCCACACCAGCAGCGACGAGCUCGACUGUCAGCAGCAGCAGCAGCAGCGAGACCUAGCGGCACAGCGGGGCCGAGCCGCAUCGAUGGGUCCGAUCUUGGCGGGCGUCACUGUUCGCCCGGCCCCGCCGCAGGAAUCGCCGCCACCGUCGGCUGGCCCGAUGGUCCAGCUGCCGCCGCCGACGUCGGCCGCCACAUCGCAGGCGGCCGACUUCGUGCGCGACAUCUACCUGCAGGUGCCGGACCUGAAGCGGGACCGGGCCGCCUCCGUCGACUCCUGCUUCACCAAGGUGACCGGGGCAAAGACGGAGGAGCUGCAGCCGCCGCCGGACGGCGCCUGCCUGAACCUGCUCGCCGUCCCGAGCAGUGGCGCCGUCCGGUCCCGGUCGGUCGAUAUCGUGCUGCCGACGGAGGAGCAGGCCCGCUAUAAGGCGCUCGCCCUCGCCGGACCGGCCAGUUCGGCCGGCCAGCAGGGUGGUGGCGGCAGCGGUGGAGGCCCCGUCGCCCAUCUUGCACCAGGCAUCAUUCGAGGAGGCGACCCGCACGGACGUCAGAUACGCUGCACUCCGGACUGGAGUGAAAAUGCCGUUUCCGGUGACCAUCUCUGGGUGCCAACAUCCGUUUCGGGCGAUUGCUGCUGCGUCGGCGACAACGAGUGCACGAAGCAUGGACCACGGAUGAAGUGUGCCGCGUGCAAGAUCAUCGCGCACGCCAGCUGCAUCUCGGUCCUGAUGGAGCGCAGCCAUCUGCAGUGCAAACCGACAUUCCGGGACGUGGGCGUGCGCCAGUACCGCGAGCAGACGAAAACCACACACCACUGGGUGCACCGGCGCACCGAGAAGGGCAAGUGCAAGCAGUGCGGCAAGUCCCUACAAGCGAAACUAACGUUCAGCUCCAAAGAGAUUGUCGCGUUAUCGUGCGCCUGGUGCAAGGCGUCCUACCACAACAAGGAAGCGUGCUUCAACCCGGAACGUAUCGGGGAAGAGUGUACGCUUGGCACGCACCGGAGCAUUGUAGUGCCACCGUCCUGGAUCGUGAAGCUGCCACGCAAGGGUAACUUCAAGUCGUCGCUCCGCAAAACGCCCCAGAAGAAGAAGUCGAAGGCGGGCAAGAAGGUGUCGAUACCGCGCGAGCCGCGCACGUUCGUCAUCAAGCCGAUCCCGACCGCGAACAUCACGCCGGUGCUCGUGUUCAUUAACCCGAAGUCGGGCGGCAACCAAGGCGCGAAGCUGCUGCAAAAGUUCCAGUGGCUGCUCAACCCGCGCCAGGUGUUCGACCUCACGCAGGGCGGGCCGCGCAUGGGGCUUGAGCUGUUCCGCAAAGUACCACAGCUGCGUAUACUCGCGUGCGGCGGUGACGGUACCGUCGGCUGGGUGCUGUCCGUGCUCGAUCAGAUUAACUUUGUACCGCCACCGGCGGUCGGUGUGCUGCCGCUCGGUACCGGCAACGAUCUUGCCCGUGCCCUUGGUUGGGGAGGUGGCUAUACCGACGAGCCGAUCGGUAAGAUUUUGGCCAACAUCGGCAACUCCGACACGGUACUGCUCGAUCGCUGGAGCCUGAAGGUGGAACCGAACACCUCGGUGCCGAACACGGGCGACGGCAAGGACAAUCUGCCACUGAACGUGGUCAACAACUACUUCUCGCUCGGCGUGGACGCCCACAUUGCGCUCGAGUUCCAUGAGGCGCGCGAGGCGCAUCCGGAAAAGUUCAACUCGCGGCUGCGAAAUAAAAUGUUCUAUGGCCAGGCCGGCGGCAAGGAUCUGCUGAAGCGCAAGUGGAAGGGUUUGGCCGAGUUCGUGACGCUCGAGUGCGACGGCAAGGAUCUGACACCGAAGCUCAAAGAGCACAAGGUGCACGCGAUAGUAUUCCUCAACAUUCCAAGCUACGGUGGUGGUACGCAUCCGUGGAACAAAUCCGGUGGCCAGUUUGAGCCGGCCACCGACGAUGGCAUGAUCGAGGUGGUUGGCCUCACCACCUACCAGCUGCCGCUGCUGCAAGCAGGCGGCCACGGUACCUGCAUUACCCAGUGCCGCACCGCCCGAAUCGUCACGUCCAAGACAAUACCGAUGCAGGUAGACGGCGAGGCGUGCAAGCUGAACCCAUCCAACAUCGAGCUGACCCUGCUGAACAAGGCUGUGAUGCUGGCCAAAAAGAAACCGGGCCGGGCGAAUGUACCGCAGGAAAAGCUGGAAUCGCUCCACAUGAGCCUGAUGAAGAUUAUGAUGGCGGACUACGAGCAGCACCAUUACGACAAGGAGCUGCUGAAGCAGUCGGCGGUCAACCUGGGCAGCCUGGAGGUGCCGGUCACCGACCUGGAGCAGGUGCGCGUCCUCAUCAACAAGUACUGCGGCGAGCAGCCGGACAGCCCGAAGCUGUCCCCGGACUGGUGCUUCAUCGACUCCUGCACCGCCGAGCGGUUCUUCCGCGUCGACCGGGCCCAGGAGAAUCUGCACUUCAUCACCGACAUCGCGAACGACUGCGUGUUCGUGCUGGACCAGGAGAGCCCGACCCUGCCCCAGACGCCCGAGGACGAGCAUCGGCGGCUCGGGGCCCACGGUACGCCCGUCGCCGGCAGCCUCGAGUCGGGCGACGGUGGCGCCCCCUGCUCGCCGCAGGCCGGCAAACUGCUCGACCGUUCGCUGUCUGGGCCGCCCGCCGCCACCGCCAGUGACAUUCCAUCGCGCAAGGGUUCGCAAGGCUCGCAGGAUGCGGACGGGCAGCAGGCGCGCCCCCCGAUCGGGCACGACUCCGUCGGCAACGGGCAGAGCCUGGACCAGAUGGUCAACUUCAAAAGCGAUUUCGAAGAGGUGCUCUUGCCACCGAUUGUCAAAAGCUCGACCUACCGUUCGACGCUGCGAUCGGCGCCAAGCGCGCGUUCGUCCCCCUCGUCCGCCCAGGGCCAGGGACGGUCGCAGCCGCCCGCCGGACAGCCGGGGGGUAGCUCCGGCCACUGUCCGGCGGAGGGCAGGCCCCGGUCGACCAUGCGGUCGAAGUGUGACCCAAGUAAUUUGCUGGAGAAAACAACGGACGCUGUAAUUAAGGCAGCGAAAACGGGCGACUUGGUGAUGUUAAAGGAUCUCCAUCUGCAAGGCUACUCUCUUCUCUCCAUCGACUCGACCGGCCAGACUGCCCUGCAUCACGGUGCCCGCUGUGGCCACAAGGACAUCGUACGCUAUCUCAUCUCUUACGCACCGAACUCCAUCAUCAACAUGAUAGACAACGAAACGGGACAAACGGCACUGCAUAAAGCGGCCGCCGGACGGCAGCGCAGCAUCUGCUACAUGCUCGUCGCCGGCGGUGCUAACCUCAACAUCCAGGACAAUGACGGCCGUACCGCACGCAUGCUCGCCUCCAACGCGGACGACUUCGAGCUGGCAUUCUACCUCGAGAAUCAAGAGCAGUUUCAGCUUAUCGACUUCCGAAGCAACAACAUCUGAAGUGCAGUGCAGCGCACACUAGCCCACACCCUCUUCCCACCCUCUCCCGGCGACCGGUAGCGAUAGAGGGGAUGAAGGGGUAGGGAUUUACUUGCUGCCAGGGCUAAGUUAUACUGCUCACGAAGGGAUAGGGAGAAAGGAAUGCCAGCAGCAGCAGCAGCAGCAACAACAACAAUCAAACAACACGUCGCUCCAGCCGUGCGUGGCGUAUCGGUACGAUCUCGCUCGCACCCACAACCCGCAGGAGGGGUCGAUCGCUUUUACGAUCUCGAAGACAAGACCAAGCGGGUCCCCCCAAAUACCACGUAGCGUGCCGUCAGUCCUUCCACGGAGUCCGUCCCCCGUACGAAUUAUUCGCUUUUAGUUUUGUGUUUCUGGCCGUGCAACGGCCGAGUGCGGUUUGACGUGUUUUGUUCGAUAGUGUCGAUGGUUCGAGUGGCGAUAGCAGUGUGUGGCACGUGAUUGCAGGCGUGAACGCAUGGUGAUAGUAAGAGUAUACCGCGUGGAAGAGAGACAGGGAGAAAAGCACAUCGAACAGAGCGAAACGAAAGAAGUGACACAGCGGACAGCAGCGCCCAGCAACUGGAACUGGAAAUAAUACAACACACACACGUACACUCAGACACAUGUACACGCAUGCAGGCACUCACUGCACACUAACAUGGUAUCACACGAAAAGAGCCGGCACGUAGCCUAGCGUUUGCGGCACAGGACAGUAUGAAUCUCUCGGCCAAACUAUUUCAACGUACUAUUAGCUAUUACUACACACGCCGAUACAUCACCAACACUACUACUAUUACUAUUAGCAUUUGUCUCUUGUAUCGGACCGUGCGCUGCCCAAUUCUACUGAUGUGGGUGUAUGUGUGUGUGGAACUUUUUGUGCAGCGCGUGGUCCACUAAACUAGCACUAGAUGUUUGUCACCUACACACAUACAUAGUGUAGCCGAUUUUGAUGCCACUUGCAAAUACACACACACACACACACAGAAACCCAAACCAUAAAAACACUAAUCGCAGCGAAGUUUGCGGAGAGGGAGAUAUCUCACAAAAACUCAACUGUCAAAACAAAGUGUGUGACGAUUUGCUGUGACGGAGCAGCAGAAGGACAAAGCAAAAACUAAGAAAUAGUAAAAAGAAUACAAAUACAUAUACCGAUAUAAACGUAUAUUUUAAUACAACCGCCCUUUAAAACUGUAUAGUAAGUAACGCCGCAGCUAACGUUACUGUAGCGUGGCACCAAUAGGCGAUCGGCCACGCGUAGCGACAAAAAGCCUAGCAAACGAAAACAAAAACAGGUUGACAGUGCCGUUGUGACGUCAUUUGACGUUUUCGCUGAAAUAGUGCAGUGGUGGAUUCGAUUUCUAGGGAGGUAAAAAGCUGAAACUCAUGUGAGUAGUCUAUUUCUUUUCCCAUUUAGUGUUUCGUACACAGUAUACAGUACUGCUUUGGUUUGUGAAACGUACGUGCAUUGUGAGAAAUAACGUUUGCACUUAAAAAAAACAAAAUGACUUCUAUUCGGAUGGCUUUAAGAAAAAGAAACUUGGACAUAUAAUUCC